GAAACAAAAGUGAAGGAUAGUCAUUGACUAUCGGAAGCUUAAUGACGCAACCGUUACCGAGAUCUAUCCACUUCCGUUAAUAACGGACAUCCUCGAUCAAUUAGGUCACUCCAAGUAUUUUACGACACUUGAUCUCGUCAGCGGCUUCCAUCAAAUAAAACUUAAAAAGGAAGACGCUGAGAAAACCGGCUUCACCGUCAUCACAAAUGGCACUUCAGGACAUUAUGAAUUCACCCGUAUGCCCUUCGGGCUGAAAAAUGCCCCUUCAACAUUUCAAAGAUUGAUGAACACUGUUCUAACAGGGCUCCAGGGUUUACAUUGCUAUAUUUAUCUCGAUGACUGCAUAAUCUAUUCUCAUGAUCUCGAUUCACACAUUCAAAAACUAAAACUCGUGUUCGACCGACUUCGUCAAUUUAAUCUAAAACUACAGCCAGAUAAAUGCGAAUUCUUACGUCGCGAGGUCGCUUAUCUAGGCCAUAUAAUCACGGAUAAAGGUGUGUCACCUAAUCCCGAUAAAAUCAAGGCAGUCACAGACUUCCCUAUUCCAAGGAAUGCCAAAGACAUUAAAUCUUUUCUUGGUCUCGUUGGUUACUACCGACGAUUUAUCGAGAACUUCUCCAAAAUCACCAAACCCUUAACUUCCCUUCUUAAAAAGGACGCAGAAUUUAAAUGGUCAUACGACCAACAACAAUCUUUCGAUAUUCUAAAAAAUAAACUAACAUCUGCGCCCCUCCUCCAAUAUCCGAAUUUUAACGAACCAUUUAUUCUCACUACCGACGCUUCCAACUACGCUGUCGGAGCCGUGUUAUCGCAAGGCGACAUAGGUAAGGAUAAACCCAUUGCCUAUGCGUCUCGAACACUCAACAAGGCCGAAGGUAAUUACUCCACAAUAGAAAAGGAGCUUCUAGCUAUCCUUUUCGGCGUGAAGACUUUCCGACCUUACUUAUAUGGUCGAAAAUUUAAAAUCGUCACCGAUCAUAGGCCACUUGUAUGGCUUUUUAAUGUCAAGGACCCUGGUUCUAGAUUAAUAAGGUGGCGCCUAAAAUUGGAGGAGUACGACUACGAAAUAAUUUAUAAACAAGGGAAACUUAAUUGUAAUGCAGACGCUUUAUCUCGUUGCCCUGUCAACGCUCUAAAUGAUUUUGGAGAUCCCGAUUCAACUCGUAAUCCUUCUAAUUCUACUAAUUCAUCACCUCGCGUGUCCGAUGACCCGAGUCCUUCUAUUUCCGAAACUUAUGAACAAUUCUUACAAAUAAACCGUCAGCCAGACGUAUCUUAUAAUACAAUCAUUGAAGAACACAAUCAAUCUCUACUUAAAGCUAAGUGUAAACUGAUAGCUUAUCCAACGUCAAUUGACUUAGAUGAAUCUGUCCCAUACUGUACAGAAAUCAUCAAUUCCUCCACAAGCGAACCAAAUAUCCGAGACAUCGAUCGUGAACUUAACACUUAUUAUUCCACAAGUAAUGAUAAACAUGUCUUUACUCAUCUAUUUAUUCGUCUCAAUCACUAUGACGAAAUAUCUUAUAAGGAUAUAUUCAAUGUCUUACGCGAAUACAGAGAUAUGAUCAAAUACUGGUAUUUGGAGGAAAAGGAAUUCGCAAUCUCAGAUUUUUCCGAUCCUUUUAACAAAAUAGUUUACACUAAAAUUUACAACAUUCUAUCUUUUCUAUUCCAUGAUACGGGAAUCAAAGUAAAUAUCUAUCGAAAUUCAAUACUAUAUCCUACUCCUAGUGAAGUCAAAAACAUUUUAAAAGAAAAUCACGAUUCUGUCUCAGCCGGACACCCCGGCGUAUCUCGCAUGUUUGAUCGAAUCAAAUCUCAAUACUGGUGGAAAAACAUGCGCCAAGAUAUUGAUGAUUAUGUAAAAAAUUGUCGCUCGUGUCAAAUAAAUAAGCCUUUGCGCCAAGUGAAUCGUGCGCCGAUGAUAAUAACAUCGACUGCCACAAGGCCUAACGAAAAGGUCUUCCUAGAUUUAGUCGGUCCUCUCCCUGAAACUCACGAACAUAAGUUCAAAUUUAUUCUUACACUGCAAGACGACCUGACUAAAUAUUCACAGGCUUAUCCAUUGCAAACAUGCUCGGCCGAGGAAACGGCCAGAUUAUUCGUUCGGUAUAUAUCUCACAUAGGUAUUCCCAAAAUGAUAGUCACAGAUCAGGGAACUAACUUUUGCUCUGAUGUAUUUAAGCAAUUAGAAAAGUUGUUCGGUAUAAAGCAUAUAUAUGCAUCUCCUUAUCACCCUCAAACAUGUGGUGCUCUAGAGAGGAGCCACUCGACUCUUAAAGAGUAUUUAAGAUCUUACAUUGGAGAAAACCAGCAUACGUGGAAUCUGUAUUUACCUACCGCUAUGAUUGCGUAUAACACAAACGUCCAUAGCACCACAGGAUUCUCGCCUAUGGAACUUUUGCUGGGUUUUAAACCUUAUAUCCCGAGUAGUAUUGACUCGCUAGAUAAUAAUACAUAUACCGACUACAUCAGAGCCCUUAAUUAUCGCUUAUGUUACAGCCGACAAAAAGCUAAAGAAAACAUUAUAUCUUCAAAAGAACGCUCAAAAAACUAUUAUGAUUCACGUACUAAACCUACAACUUAUAAAAUUGGCGAUAUGGUAUACGUUAAAUGCCAUCACAAACAAAAUAAAGCCUUAUCACCGGUGUGGAAAGGUCCUUUUCAAAUCAUUAAGCUAAAUGGACACCACACCGUUACAUUACUUAUAAAUAGAAAACAUGUACGUCAUCACUAUGACGAAAUAAAACUCGCAGCUGAUCAAACCUUAACACCGUAACAUAACGCGCGUCUCUAUCUAUUCCAGGGCCGCACCACCGGUUAUUUGUGAAUUCGUUUCACAAAUCCGAGAUAGUCCUGGACUUUUCUUCGACAAACUUCUAGAUGUCAAAUUCACUAACGGCGAAUGGAAUGUCGUUACGUAUUUAGAUAUAAGUCAUAUUAAACCUAAUUUAGAUAAAGCGGAGUUCUUAUUCGAAAGAGUAAAUUUAUUUUGCAAUUCGUUUUCAUCGUCAAAGCUAAAAACAGACUGUACUAACUCUCUGUCUGCUUUACAUAAUCAACAUAUAACUAAUGUCAAUAAAUUUUCUUCUAUAUCAUACUUACUUGUCGAUGAACAACCCCGACGUCAAAAACGAGGUCUCAUUGAUUUUGGGGGCUCCAUCCUAAAAACCUUUUUCGGCACUUUAGACAAUGAAGAUGCGAUUAAAUUCACUGACGCAAUUGAACAGGUACAGACAGACGAAAAACAGUUGUCUUACCUGAUGAAAGACAAUAUACAUGUAAUUAAGUCAACUAUUUCAAAUUUUAAUAAUUCUAUGUCUAAGGUCAAUGAAAACGAACAAAACCUACUUAAGAAUAUGGACACCGUGAAUAAUAUGUUAAAUAAGAUUAGUAACUCUAACGAUAAGCUAGAAAUGAAAUCUCAAUUAAGUUCUUUAUUCAAUUCUUUAGAAGCUAUAAUUUUAACAUUAUCUUUCGAUAUAGAUGAUGUAAAUAAUGCUAUCCUUUUUGCAAAGCUAAAUAUAUUACAUCCUACUGUGCUUAGCCCUUAUCAAUUGUAUAACGAGUUAGAUAAGCAUAGGAAUGCUCUUCCUAAAAACCAUGAAUUGGCAGUAUCACUAACUCUGCAAAACAUUCAUCAGCUAUUAGACAUUUCUAAACUCGUUUGUUAUUAUCACCUUAACAGAAUAAUUAUGUUAAUCAAGAUACCGCUCGUCUUACCUCAAACCUAUAAUCUAUUUAAUAUAAUCCCUUUACCCGUUCCUUACGACGUUUCAAAACCAGAUACUUUUGUACUUAUUGCACCUACAAGUUCUUAUGUAGCAAUUACAGCUGAUCAUAUGUUUUAUUCACCGAUAAAAGAUAUUGAGAAGUGUAAAGUGAUCAGUGGCAAGUGUUACGUGUGCGUGUUAACGAACGUAUAUUCGACAAUUGCGAAUCCUACGUGUGAAACAACCUUAAUCACCGAAGUAGUACAAAAUUUACCCGAUUCUUGUGAAGUUAAAUUGUUACAUGGACAUGUAGAUAUUUUUCAUAAGAUAAGUAAUAAUAGGUGGCUCUUUGCCCAAUCCGAACCAGGCAAAUGCCAUAUCACUUGUAAGAACAACCCUAUCAGUUAUGAUGAAAUUUUGUUUUCUAUUGGUAUUUUAAAAUUGCCAAAAAACUGUAAAGCUUUUUACAAAACUUUACAAUUUGAUCCUAUUACUGAAAACUACAUUUCCAAUGUAACAAACUCAAUUUCUGACUUUAACAUAAUACUCGAUGAUUGUUGUGAAAGGACUAAACUGAACAAAACAUUGUCAAAAUUACCUUAUAAUAAGCUUACAAAUAUUGAUAACUUAGAUUCACUGUUACAUGCUAGUGUGCAUUUAGAUUACCUGGAAAAGGAAUUAAAUAGUAUCGAAAGUCCAACUCAUAUGCAAAAGUAUGGCAUUCAUUAUAUAUCGUUAAGCUAUGUCCUAGGAAUAAUAUUUUUGUUAUAUUUACUUUAUAGAUGUAGAAAACGUCUGUGUCGAAAUAAUCCUUCCACAUGCUUAGUCCAGAUAUUUAACCAAUGUCACAAUAAAAAGAGUUCUAACAAACCAGUAGCACAGACCGUAGUGAUGUCGAAUGUGCAGGAAUCUUUCUCAGACACGGAAGAUGAGAUAAGGACACCAGUCACAGUCAAAAGGAAUAUAAUCCUUGCAUCUCAAAAACACUCACCUUAACUUCAAAUUCAUACUUAUUAUUUUCGUCGAUAAGAACUUAUUAUUAACCCUUAAACAGGCCCCGAAGAACUGCUGUAAGAAAUAAAGUGUUAUAUAUGGAUUUAGGCUUUGAAUAGCGGCCUGUAUGAUUCCUUAUCAACACAUUCAGAAAAAAAACACUGAAAGUCCUGAAAAAAAAUGUGGGAAAACAUAAUCCCAUUGCCUGGAUAGAGACUAUCCUUUAUGUGAUAGCUAUAUAUAAAUGUCGAAUGUUUGUCUGUUCAUAAUUCUAGUGUUUGAUUACUAGAUCAUUAUUAUUUUAAAUUGUAAUUGCUAUUACUUAUUUAAUUAUUUAUUUAUAAAUAAUUUAAUUUAAAAAUAAUUGUAUUAAUUUUUUAUAUUUAUAGAGGUUAUUAUGUGGUAAGUAAAUCAAAUACUUUUUAUUAUAAAUCCCAUUUAUUUCACAUUUUAUUAUAAAUCCCGAAUUUAGUAUAAUUUGUGUAUAACAUAAUCAUAAUAAAUUUGUGUGUAAUCGAAAUGAUGCGUAGUUUUUAGUAAAACAAAUAUGUUUAAAAAAAACACAAGUAACGUCGGGUGCAAAGGCUAGUAUAAAAAAAUUGGUGAUUUGAACAGGCAAAGGAUAUAUAGCUCCCACAAAUAAGUUCGACUCAACAGGCUUUGGUCACAUGUUCCCCACAUUAUUAUUUGCCUUGUUUUAGACAAUUUAGCAAGAAAUCAACUAGAAAUAAUGCAAAUCCUGUUAGGAAAAUUCAAAAUCUCUAACAUAUCAAAAAAUUGCACGACUUAUCUUUCUUUGUUUCGCCAUAAUCUGUAUAAAACCACCA